GGGCAGCGUAGGGGGUGUGACAGCUCCCGCCCGGACCAGUGCCAGCUGCAGCCUCGCUUCGGCGCCCGGUGCCAGCUGGCUCAUUCGUCUGGGACGGAGGCGGAGGCUUGGGGCUCCUUGCCGCUGGGGGGGGGACUCCCCCCUACGCCCCCUGCCCUCAACCCACCCAAAAGGAGCCUCUACACCCAACCGGUCGCCCUGGCAGCCAGUCCAGCUAGGAAUUAGCCCUGUUCCGCUUCGCCUGGGGCUUACAGCCCACACACCUCCAGGAGGAGUAGGGGUCUCCAUGAGGGUCUCCCCCUCCCCAACCUUUUGCUAGAGCCUGCAGGGCUGUGCAAGCUUGAGAAGGACCAUGAAGGUGGGCUGGCCAGGUGAGAGCCGCUGGCAGGUGGGCCUGGCUGUGGAGGACAGCCCAGCUCUCGGAGCAUCGCAGGUGGGAGGCCUCCCGGACGUGGUGCCGGAGGGGACCCUGCUCAACAUGGUGCUGAAGAGGAUGCACCGGCCCCGGAGCUGUUCUUACCAGCUGCUGCUUGAACACCAGCGCCCCAGCUGCAUCCAGGGGCUCCGCUGGACGCCACUCACGGACAGUGAGGAGUCCCUGGAUUUCAGCGUGAGCCUGGAGCAGGCCUCCACGGAGCGGGUGCUCCGGGCUGGGAAGCAGCUGCAUCGACACCUCCUGGCCACCUGCCCGACCCUUAUCCGAGACCGGAAGUACCACCUUAGGCUCUAUCGGCAGUGCUGCUCUGGCCGGGAGCUGGUGGAUGGGAUCUUGGCACUGAGCCUUGGAGUUCAUUCCCGAAACCAAGCCGUUGGAAUCUGCCAGGUGCUCCUGGAUGAAGGUGCCCUUUGCCAUGUGAAACACGACUGGACCUUCCAGGACCGAGAUACCCAAUUCUACCGCUUCCCCGGGCCAGAGCCAGAGCCCGUGGGAGUCCACGAGCUGGAGGAGGAACUGGUGGAGGCUAUGGCCCUGCUCUCCCAGCGGGGGCCUGAUGCCCUGCUCACUGUGGCGCUUCGAAAGCCCCCAGGUCAGCGCACAGACGAGGAGCUGGACCUCAUCUUCGAGGAGCUGCUGCAUAUCAAGGCCGUGGCCCACCUCUCCAACUCGGUGAAGCGGGAAUUAGCAGCAGUUCUGCUCUUUGAACCCCACAGCAGAGCAGGGACCGUGUUGUUCAGCCAGGGAGACAAGGGCACCUCGUGGUACAUUAUCUGGAAGGGAUCUGUCAACGUGGUGACCCAUGGUAAGGGGCUGGUGACCACACUGCAUGAGGGAGAUGACUUUGGACAGCUGGCUCUGGUGAAUGACGCACCCCGGGCAGCCACCAUCAUCCUGCGAGAAGAUAACUGUCAUUUUCUCCGUGUGGAUAAGCAGGACUUCAACCGUAUCAUCAAGGAUGUGGAAGCAAAGACCAUGAGGCUAGAAGAGCAUGGCAAAGUGGUGUUGGUGCUGGAGAGAGCCUCCCAGGGCGCUGGCCCUUCUCGCCCCCCAACCCCAGGCAGGAACCGGUAUACAGUGAUGUCUGGCACCCCAGAGAAGAUCCUAGAACUGCUCUUGGAGGCCAUGCGGCCUGAUUCCAGUGCUCAUGACCCAACAGAGACAUUUCUCAGCGACUUCCUCCUGACCCACAGCGUCUUCAUGCCUAGCGCCCAGCUUUGUGCUGCCCUCCUGCACCACUUCCACGCGGAGCCCUCAGGAGGCAGUGAGCAGGAGCACAGCACCUACGUCUGCAACAAAAGGCAGCAGGUCCUGCGGCUGGUCAGCCAGUGGGUGGCCCUGUAUGGUCCCAUGCUCUACGCUGACCCCGUGGCCACCAGCUUUCUCCAGAAACUCUCAGACCUGGUGAGCAGAGACGCCCGGCUUUGCAUCCUGCUACGGGAGCAGUGGCCGGAGAGGCGGAAACACCACAGGAUGGAAAAUGGCUGUGGGAAUGCAUCUCCUCAGAUGAAGGCCAGGAACAUGCCUGUUUGGCUCCCCGGCCAGGACCAGCCCCUCCCCAGCAGCAACUGUGCCAUUCGAGUUGGGGACAAAGUCCCCUAUGACAUUUACCGGCCGGACCACUCAGUGCUGACCCUGAAGCUGCCUGUGACGGCCUCAGUGAGAGAGGUGAUGGCAGCGUUGGCCCAGGAGGAUGGCUGGACCAAGGGGCAGGAGCUGGUGAAGGUCAACUCUGCAGGCGAUGCCAUUGGCCUGCAGCCAGAUGCCCGUGGUGUGGCCACAUCGCUGGGGCUCAACGAACGGCUCUUUGUUGUCAACCCACAGGAAGUGCGCGAGCUGACCCCGCUCCCCGAGCAGCUGGGGCCCUCCGUGGGCUCUGCUGAGGGGCUGGACCUGGUGAGUGCCAAGGACCUGGCGGGCCAGCUGACGGACCACGACUGGAACCUCUUCAACAGUAUCCACCAGGUGGAGCUGAUCCACUAUGUGCUGGGCCCCCAGCAUCUGCGGGACGUCACCACCGCCAACCUGGAGCGUUUCAUGCGCCGCUUCAACGAGCUCCAGUACUGGGUGGCCACAGAGCUGUGUCUCUGCCCUGUACCCGGCCUGCGGGCCCAGCUGCUCAGGAAGUUCAUCAAGCUGGCUGCCCACCUCAAGGAGCAAAAGAAUCUCAAUUCUUUCUUUGCCGUCAUGUUUGGCCUCAGCAACUCGGCCAUCAGCCGCCUGGCCCACACCUGGGAGCGGCUGCCCCACAAAGUCCGGAAGCUGUACUCGGCCCUGGAGAGGCUGUUGGACCCCUCAUGGAACCACCGAGUCUAUCGACUGGCCCUCACCAAGCUCUCCCCUCCCAUCAUCCCCUUCAUGCCCCUUCUUCUCAAAGACAUGACCUUCAUCCAUGAGGGGAACCACACGCUGGUAGAGAAUCUCAUCAACUUUGAGAAGAUGAGAAUGAUGGCCAGAGCCGUGAGGAUGCUGCAUCACUGCCGAAGCCACAGCAAUGUGCCCCUCUCACCGCUCAGAAGCCGCGUCUCCCACCUCCACGAGGACAGCCAGACAGCCAGGACAUCCACGUGCUCUGAGCAGUCGCUGAACACCCGGAGUCCAGCCAGCACCUGGGCUUAUGUCCAGCAGCUGAAGGUCAUCGACAACCAGCGGGAACUCUCCCGCCUGUCCCGGGAGCUGGAGCCGUGAGGAGGCUGGGGCCCGAGCGGGCACUUCCCGUCAGGAAAGCCAGGGCACGCCCGGGGCCAAGAGGCCCACAGGCUGGCCACAGCUGGGCAGGGCUCUCCGCAGAGUGGACUCAAGGCCCUGGAGCGGGCAGCAUGGAGGCAGCUGUCCCCUGUGAUGACGGGUGGCCAAGGAGGACCUCGGAAUGGAAUGAGCCGGGGCCCAAGGCCAAGGAAUGGGGGGCAGAGAGGCCCUGGAGUGGGUGGGAGAGCAGAGCAGGUGCUGGGACUCUGGGUUCAAUAGAGAGCUCUCCGCACCAGGUUUUUCCCAGA